AAACCGAUCGAUGAACAAGUGAUACGUCCGACUAUAGUAAUUCCUGUCGAAGCCAUACAUUGCAUAAAUUGAACAACAUUUCAUGCAUGACAUCAUCACAAUUUUCUUGAGUUCGAAACUAGCAUGUCGCCGGGCACGAAGACAAAUUGGAACAGUGGCAUGGACUAUGGUUUCUCAGUGAUAAGGGCGACGAUGUGGAUAGUCGGUGUAUGGCCUUUGCAGCAGGACGAUAUAGUUUGCACAUUUCGUUGGAUUAUCAUAUUCAUUGCGGAGUCUCUCACAGUGAUCGGCCUGCUGAUAGAGCCUUUAAAAAACUGCGGUGACACCAAAGACGCUCUAGAGGUUUUUCUUAUAAUAGAGACCGGCUUCCAUUCGUGGAUAAAUGUCGUUUUUGCACGUAUUCACAUGAAAAAGAUUGCCGUCAAUGUGACGUCUGCAAUCGACGAUUGGUCGUCCUCGUCGCCGGAGAAACAGUCUUAUCGAAUAAUGACGGGAUAUGCACGAAUAGGUCGAGUGAUCGCUGUGUCCCAAUUGAUGAUUGGAUUUAUAGCUGCUGUCGUCUACUUUUCCAGUAUUUUCAUCGCAAAUCAAAAACAGGUCAUAAUUGUUGGUAAUGAGACAGUUACUUUAUGGAAUUUCGUCAUUCCGUCGACAUGCCUGUUCGAAGGGAUUUCAUAUUCUACAUACAAAGCACUUUUCCUCAUGCAAAUAUUACAGGCGUUCAUACUCUACGUAGCAGAAUGCGCAAACGAUAGCUUCUUCUUUGCUAUUACAAUGCAUCUCUGCGGUCAAUUAGAGCUUCUGAGGAUUCGCUUUGUUGAACUUCUUGGAGGAAAAAUCGAUGAGAGGAAUCAUUACCGCAGCAUAUUGGGUUUUUGGAUUAGAAGGCAUUACAAAUUGAUAAUACUGGCUAGAAAUAUUGAAGACACCUUUAAUCUCAAUAUCUUAAUUCGGUUGGUAGUAACUACCGUUGUCAUUGCGGUUUCAGGAAUGCGUAUGAUUGUGUCUAUUAAGCAUUACGAUUUUAUUAAUGUAGUGAAAAGCAUGAUCUUCGUUCAAUUCUUUAUCGUACAAUCCUUCUUGUUCACGCACGCCGGCGAAACCCUACAGAAACAGAGCGAAUCGAUCGUUUCGGCAAUAUACAACACAACGUGGCACAAAUUGCCGCCCACCAUGGUGAAGGAUUUGAUAUUUAUUAUGAUGAGGACGAAGGUCCCUCUUCAACUCACUGCUGGAAAAUUUUUUUAUAUUACUCGAAGCACUACGACAGAUAUUCUGAAAGCUGCUUUGACAUAUAUAUCGUUUUUACAGGUGAAAAUGGAAGAAUAAUCCAAUUAUCAUAUUUGAAAUUGUUUGUUUAUUACAUCAUACAACAUGUAGAUAAUACCGUGUAGAUAAAUAAAAUAGAAUAUAUUUAUAUAUUUUAGUAAAUUGCAGUUUCUUUAAUUGUACUUGUAUUUUGCUUUUAGUUCUUCAACAUUUGCGACAAAGAAAUGUCAAUAUUAUGCUUAUUAAAAAAAUGUGUUACACUUUUUCACUGCUUCAAAUAAGAUGAAAUUUUAAUUACUUAUUGGCAGAAUACGUAC